CACAUUUAAAAAUCGCAAAAGUCAAGAUCAUUGCUUUAUUAUGCUGUCACGCUUGGAAGAAUCUGUUUUUACACCCUCAGUUUUAAUCAGUCACGCAUGUUUAUCAGCCUCAGACACACAUUGACUGACAGGACUUCAUUAACACUGAACAUUUAAAGGGGAAUACAGUAAAGCAUUUGCCAGGAUGUCAUUUUAUAGAUCGACUAGUCUAGGCAUGAAAAAACUGUGAAUGUUCCUUUAAGAGGUCCCAUCCCACACCCCUCCCUCUCAAUGUCCCUCAAUACCAGACUGCCUCUUCAGUACAUUUUGGAGUGUGACAUUCACCACUUAAGAGUAAAUAUAAGGAAGGUCUUGGGCUACGACUAUAUGUAGGGAGAAAUCGGAUGCCAAAUGAAUAACUUCACCCUUCGCUAGAGGCGUAUUGAGAGGUCGGUCAACCAAACAGCUUUCCUCUUAUGGAGACUGAAAUAUGCUUCAAAGGCGGCGAGUGUGAAAAAUAGCUGAUUCUCAGCACUUUCGCCUUUGAUGAAUUUGCACGCUUUAGAGAACAGAUUUUUUUCAUCCUGCCAGCGGCCACGGAGUAUGAAGUGCUUGACAUCUUAUCGUUUUGUUCAGAGGGUUGGACACAAGGACAUAAUUGGAGAUUGGACUUUGAAAGAAAACAUAAUGGGUUGUAACCCCUUUGCCAAUUGUUGGUGACUGCUAGAGUAUUCAGGGAGGCAUCUUAAACUGGUACCCAAUUUUUCAUCUUUGCAAAGCUAGAAGGCAACCUGUCAGUAUGUUUGCCCCCAAAACAAAGCUUUUUCAUGAUAAUACACAGCCUCAAUCUAUCUCUUGUGUCCAACACUCCGAACUGAAUGCCACACACCCUACCGGAUCUACCAACAAACCCCAACAAAGUGGAUUUAGGAAGAUCUGUUCCACUGGAGAACCAAGCCCAUGUCCAAUCCCAGGACUGGGAUCUGGGGUGCUGGAAAUGCGGGUGAAGGAGGGAAGCAAGAUCCGAAACCUUUUGAGCUUCGCCUUGUCUCGAUUGCAAGGGGAUGGAGGCGAGGCUGCGACAUCCCAGGUUCUGUUUAGCGGAAUGGGACGGGCCAUGACCAAAACCAUCACCUGUGCGGAGAUCAUGAAACGUAAAGUGCGGGGCUUGCACCAGGUGUCAAAGCUCCAAUACAAGAAAGUAACUGAAUUGUGGGAGAGCCAUGAGAGCAGUCAGGUUCAGAUGACGAUACACAGAACUGUUCCUUCUAUUUGCAUUCUUCUGUCCAAAGAACCACUAGACCCGCUCGAGCUGGGCUACCAGCCUCCGGUUGAGAUAAGAUCUCUAACAGAGGAAGAAAAUGAGGCUGAUGGAUCGCAAGGGUCUGGAAAAGCACAGAAAAGACCCCUUAGUCCUUGUUCUCAUGUGGUUCUGCCCAGUUUUAAAAGAGCUCCUCUGGGGCAGGACAGUUUUCCGGCUCUGAAAUAGGUGAUAAUAUGAGGGAGGAUUAAUUUGUGUAUAAAUAUGAUUUGAUAAUAAGUUAUAUAUUAGGCUAUCAUACAGAUUGGCAAAUUUAGUUAGGAAAAAGUGAAUGUGUAAGUUAUGUGAUAAAUUCAUUUUCACUUGUAACUUUGUUUGUAUUUCUUUACAAUAACCUGUAUUUAAAUUAUAUCUACAGUCUUA